AUGAGAAGGGAAAUCGAUUUCUCACUUUACCUGGUGACUGGACGAGAAUUGCUGCCUCCCGGAAAGGACUACUUUGAAUCUAUACAAGAGUCUCUGGAAGGUGGCGUCACCGUGGUCCAAGUGCGAGAGAAGACAGCCGAUACCGCAGAGUUCCUCGACAUAGCCUUGAAGACGAAGGAGCUGUGUCAAAAGUAUGAUGUACCUCUCAUCAUCAAUGACAGGCUAGAUAUUGCUCUCGCUGUCAAGGCUGAUGGUGUGCACCUUGGUCAAACGGAUAUGCCAGUAUCCGUGGCACGACAGCUCCUUCCAGCAGGGACCAUCAUCGGUGUAUCCUGCAACAACGCAGAUCAUGUCAAGAACGCGAUAUCGGAAGGUGUUGACUACGUUGGCAUAGGUGCUGUUUGGGGCACGGCCACGAAGAAAUUAACAAGUCCUAUCAUUGGAGUUCGAGGUGUGGGAGCUCUGCUUAGGGAACUGGAUAACACUGGUCUUAAGGCUGUUGCGAUUGGGGGAAUCAAAGGAGCCAAUGCCUUGAGAACCCUCCACGGCACGGUUUCUACCACGGGGCAUGGUUUGGAUGGUGUAGCGGUGGUGUCAGACAUCGCUGGAUCAACAAAACCUAGGGACGCUGCCAGGACUCUACGUGACACUGUUUCAGCGUUUAAGGAACAGCUGCAGAACGAGCUUCAAGCUUCGAUCAAUGUCAGCUAUGCUAAGAAAGACGUCCUGACAUCGGUCUCAAAGUUAUUGAACAAUGUCAAGGCAUACAAGCCUCUCAUCCACCAGAUCACUAACAACGUCGUUACGACUCAAUCUGCAAAUGCUACUUUAGCUCUCGGGGCGAGUCCGAUCAUGGCCACAGCGCCCGAAGAGAUGAAAGACCUCAGCCGAGUUCUAGGCGCUCUCCUGGUCAACUUUGGUACUAUCACGAGCAAGGAAGGGAUGCUGCUCGCAGGGCAGUUCGCCAACGAAGAGAAGAAGCCGCUAGUGUUUGACCCUGUCGGAGUUGGAGCGACAGACUUCCGACGCACUACAGCAGCGCAACUUCUGAACACAUGGCAAGCUAGCGUUAUCAAGGGCAACGCUGGCGAGUUGGCUGCACUUGCGGACUCCAAAGAGGUUCAAGCUAAGGGCGUGGAUACUUCAGGUACUGGAUUCUCUGAUCCUGCAAGUUUCGUAAAAAGUCUGGCUCGGAAAGAAAGAUGCAUAAUCGUUUUAACUGGUAGUACAGACUGGAUCUCGGACGGCAAUGUCGUGAUCCGUUUGGACAAUGGCCAUCCCAUGUUGGGGGAUAUAACGGGUUCUGGCUGUAUGCUAGGCACUUGCAUCGCUACUUUUUGCGCAGGAGCAUACCUUAAGGCGGUCGAGGAUGAACCGAUAUCGGAAAGAUCGCUUUCAACGAUUGUCCGGGGUGACAUGCUGCUCGGUGCCGUUGGAGGGGUCCUGGCUCUCACCAUCGCGUCUGAGAUAGCAGCUCAACGAGUGGACGUCCGCGGAACAGGCACAUUCUUCCCAGCGCUCAUCGACGAAUUAUACCACCUCACACCUGACAAACUUACACAACUCGCAAAGAUCCAAAUCUUGUGAUUAUAUUACAACAGCUCCUAUUUCAGCUCAGUGCAUGUCGCUGCUUAGCCUAGAUAUGAUAUAUCACACAGACAACCAAGAUAUAUCUUUAAGCGGCCACAGAGUAAAUCUCCCCGUUGGGUGUGUCCAGAAUCCGAGAAAAUGGCAUGUCCCUAGUUGGUUGAAGCCAAUUCUUGUGGUCGUAUUCUGCGAACGGUGGUGACUCUAUCAUGUGGAACGUGUACGCGUAUCGAGUGUUUUGGCUGGUGUUCCGCUCUGAUUUAUGCAGAACGCUUCCAUGGAUCAGGACCAAGUCCCCUACAAAAGGCAUGGUUGGAAGUUGCAAGGAGGGUCGCUCCUGAGAGCAUCUCACCUGGCUCACAGACUUCGAGGAUGUACUUUCCAUCCGAUGCCUCUUGCGAUGCUACCUGCUGCGCCUUGGCACUGGUAGCGUGGGCCGCGGGCACUGGUUCGUCGGUGGGCUCAAAGCCUGUCCCACGUUCCAACCGCACGAAACGUUUCGUUAUCGGGGUCGUGAUAUGUG